AUGAAUGGUGCGCCAGGGGGUUCUCGGCAGUCGCAGAAAGCACCAUCGGAAGGCGGUCUUAUCCGCGAACCUGCUACUAUUCGUGCCCCUGUACAACAACAGCCUGCUGUCUCGGUGGCUAUUUUUCCGCAACAGAAUGAAGCUGGCCCUAGCUGUCAGCCCAGCACUAUUCCGUCGUCACAGGCAUUUCCUAGUAUCGUGCAACAACCAGCCACUCUGAGGGAACCAUUCUCUAUGCUACAUCCGUCCGCUGUCCAGCAUCCGAUGGGUUGGCCGGCACAGUUUGAAAUGCAGCUAUCGCAAUCCGCCUCCUCACAAGUUGCUGCUGGAUUGCGCUACUCUCAACCAUCAACGAGCCAGCAACCGCCAUCUGGAACAGAUAUGACAGUGGGCGUAUCACCACUUUCGUCUCUACCUUCUCCUUCCAUUUCCAGUGCCUCAUUAUUAACGGGUAUUGGUUUAAGCCCGGGUUCCGGUUCUGGUUCUGGCCCUGGUUCCGGUUCUGGUCCUGAACCUGGCUCAUCUGGGCAAUCACCACUUCAAAUGUUGGGCGCCAUGAAUCCAGCUCUUUUGGCACAGUAUCAGGUUAUACUAGCUGCCGCUGCGCAACAGCAUCAAGCUGCUGCAGCGGCAGCUGCGACAUUAGCUGCUGUAUCUGGUGGACGUUCACCACAAAUUAGAUCGCGUGUAGGACCACCUUCGACACCUAUAUUAACCCUUGAACAGAAUUUACAGCGACAUUUAUUACAGUUACAACAACAGCAGCAACUUGCAGCUUCGGGCACUACCAUCCAUUUACUGCCGUCAUCACCAUUGCAUGGUACAACUUUAAUGACGCAAAUGCAUGCUGCAUUAGCAGCUGUUGGAGUACUGCCACAACCUCCGCAGGCCCUGCCGACUCAUACAACUGCUCAACCUACACAUCAACGUGUGACACCAGCUGCCGUAACUCAGUCAAUGCCGUCAUUAAGUGCCGAAACAAGUUCACGUCCAUCACGGGUGGAAUUCAUACAGCCUCAGCCACUUCUUUCGCGUGCUGCUGUUCCAGCUGCCCGACAAGCUUUAUUACUUGCUUCAACUUCUCAUGCUGCUGUUGCUGCUGCAACUGUCACCACUAUUCCUGCGCCGUCUGCAUCUGCAUUGCAACUCUCUACGUCACAGCCAUAUUCCCAAGCUCUUGGUCGUGUUGUAAUGAUGCCACCGCCUCCGCUGCCUCGUGCCCGUCAUAUUUUAACUCAGGAACGCCGCAGAUAUGCUCCUUAUCAACGUCCCACACCCGCUAUUCCGCUGGCCAGUGUUCCAUCAAUUGCUGCUCCUGUUGCUUCUACCGGUGCUCCAGAACCACCGCCUUUCCAAUUGGGAACAUUGCCGUCACAACCGUAUUAUCCUUCUCACUUUAUGCGUGGUACAGUGAUACGUCUACAGUCGGGUCAAUUGAAAAGGGUUGAAGAAAUGAGCACAGAAGAUUUUGUUCUAUCUGCAGCAAUGAAAACAGAUCUUGCCAUCUGCAACAGUAGAGUCAUUCGAAUUCAAGAGAUUGAAAAAGAUCGUCAGGUUCUCGUUACUUUUGCUGUUGGCGAGCAAAGAAUUCUGGUAACAAUAGAGGCAGGAAUCGAGCAUCCCUACUUUGUGGUUGACCAAGGUUGGGCAUCCUGUAGCCCAGAAAGAACGCGUGCCACAUAUGGAUUGAUUUGCAGACAGCUAAAUGUUGGUGAUGUGUGUAUAGCGUUACGUCAUGUCGAGGGUGGAGAAACGAGUGGAAUAAGUGGUAGAGGUGCGAUUCCUCCUCAUAGUGGAACCAGAGGAGGAUCAGUACCAAGUACAUCUGGCAUACAGCAAUUUUCGCGACCAGCAUCGUUAAUACAAGAAUCUCGUCGGCAUCUACCAUCCGUUGUUCGUGCUGAAAGAAGACCUGGUGUUCGAUCCGCACCGUCGCACGAAAUACCGUCCGAUGAGUUACCAUUGCUUGACAUACGUCGACGUUUAAGGAGACGUAGGCAUAAAUCAGCGCUGUGA